ACAACACCUCACCUCACCUCACUCCUCUCUUCCCCCCCAACCUCCCCCCUCUUCUCCCUCCAAAAACCAACAUCUCCACCCUCCAAACACCGCCACCAUCAAGAGCAGCCCAGUCCCGCCAGAACCGCGAGAUCCGAUCCGAGCACCACCAGCAGCAGAUUUGGCGCCACGGAACCGGAGCUCGCCUCUGUCCUUCCCGCCCGCCUGCCGUUUGAUCCUCCAGGUGCGCGAGCGCUCUCGGCUGGUGAAAUCUUUCCUCCCUGCUCGAUCCAUGCCCGGGGGGUGCUCGUCCUUGCCCGCGAGAUCCGUCCGGCCCGUCCUGAGCAGCAGGAUCUCCCUGUGAUCCUCGUCUUGGCCUUCUUCCCCGGCGCCAAGAUCCGGGAUUUCCUUUUCGGUUUCUCCAGCGCGCGUUUUCGCCGGAGCGCCGCUGCCGGGCAUGGCGUACGCGUCGCCGUACGUGCUGUCGUUCCUGCUGCUGCUGUCCAUGCCGGCGGUGUACUACCUGGCGCCGCGCCUGCUGAUGCCCAAGACGCUCCCGGCCAUCCCGGACGCCGACGAGACGGAGGACCUCGCGCUCUUCCGCCGCGCCGUGCUCCUCUCGGCCGCGCCCGCCGCCGGCUCCGGCUCCGGCUCCGGCGCGGCGCCCUCCUCCUUCGGCGUCUUCGGCCGCCGCCCGCAGGCGCGGCCCAAGGUGGCCUUCCUCUUCCUCACCAACUCCGACCUCGUCUUCGCGCCGCUCUGGGAGAAGUUCUUCGCGGGGCACCACGGCCUCCUCAACCUCUACGUCCACGCCGACCCCGCCGCCAACCUCACGCUGCCGCCGACCCCCUCCUUCCGCGGCCGCAUCAUCCGGGGCAAGGCCACGGCGCGCGCCUCCGCCACGCUCAUCUCCGCCGCGCGCCGCCUCCUCGCCACCGCGCUGCUCGACGACCCGGCCAACCAAUUCUUCGCGCUGCUCUCCCAGUCCUGCGUCCCGCUCCUCCCGUUCCCCGCCCUCUACCGCACCCUCCUCACCGACAACAAUGCCGGCCGCCACCGCCGCCACCGCAGCUUCAUCGAGAUCCUGGACAGCGAGCCCACGCUGUACGCCCGCUACUACGCGCGCGGCGACAACGUGAUGCUCCCGGAGGUGCCCUUCGACCGCUUCCGCGUCGGCUCCCAGUUCUUCGUGCUCGCCAGGAGGCACGCCGUCAUGGUGGUCAGGGACAGGCGGCUCUGGAACAAGUUCAAGGCGCCGUGCCUCGUCAAGGAGAAGGACUCGUGCUACCCGGAGGAGCACUACUUCCCGACGCUGCUCGACAUGCAGGACCCCGACGGCUGCACCAAGUACACGCUCACCAGGGUCAACUGGACCGACGCCGUCGGCGGCCACCCGCACACCUACCAGCCGGAGGAGGUCUCCGGGGACCUCAUCAGGGAGCUCAGGAAGUCCAACGGGACCUACUCCCACAUGUUCGCGCGCAAGUUCGCGCCCGAGACCCUUGCGCCGCUCAUGGAGAUCGCCGACUCCGUCAUCCUCCGUGACUAGGCGCCAAGUGUUCGUGGACAUGAACAGAACAAGGGUUGGUGAUGUGAUGAAGAAGCAUAAGCUGAUCCAUCCAUCCAUCCCCUUUGUGGUUUCUUCAGAGAGGAGCAAGCAACCAGCAGCAAACCUACUUCGCCUUGUUGUUCCGUCGGUGGCGCCGUGGGCGAAGGGGAUGCUGCUGCUUGCUUAGAAUCAGAGAGUGAUGUGGUGUUGGUGGCGAAGUGCCCCGACUGCCUCUAUCCUAUGUGAGUAUUGUUGUGUUUCUUGGUGUUUUCCUUUCCACUUUGAUCCGAGCGAGAGGAAGUCGUUGGCACGCACGCGGUAGGCGUGUCGCUGGUAGUUAGCACGGAUGAUCAUCCUAUGUAUUCACAAUGGAGGCAACCUGUCGAUACAUGUAGUGAUGGUUUUUGUAGUGUAUGUUAUCCCCAUGUUGUCAUUGUCAAUAUCACACACCUUUUCCCCUAAAAA